UGCAUCAGCUGCAGGAGAGAGGUGUGGAGAGGGCUCAGGAGAGCAGCGCCAGGUGAGAGUGAUUAACACAACUGCACAGCAUUAGCUAAUCACUCUCUCCCUUUUAAAACACAGUAGCGUGCUGGACCUGGGAGGCGGAAUGACUGGAGCACACACACAGUCUGGACCAGACAAGGAGACAGAGCACGGCAGCAUAAAGCCUGUGAACGGCUCUGUACACUGUUGGUAACCUGUUGAUAAACUGCAUUAAAUAAAAGUAUCCUGAACGUUGAUUAUACUCCGUGUCCUACCUGCUGAGGAGAACUCACGGUGGCUCAAACCACGCCACAUUGGCGCCUGAACAGGGACUCAGCAGGUAGAGAUGUCGGAGCCACAAACGCCGGUGACCACGCUGGCGCAGAUGCUGGCGGAGGUUGCAGCUAUGAGCCGGGACCAGGCAGCGCUCAACAGACAACAACUGGCCGCUCUCCAGUUCCAGGCAGAGAAACAAGCUGAGCUUCUGGAGGUGAUGGUUAACCGGGUUGGGGGGGCGUCGUCAGCCCCCUCGUUCGCUGGUGUCACGAUCCAGAGGAUGGCGGCCCAUGAUGACCCCCAGACGUACCUGGACAUGUUCGAGGCGACGGCGACGGCAUGCAACUGGCCGGAGGAAGAGUGGGCUGUGCGCCUGCUUCCUCUGCUGUCGGGAGAGGCGCAGACGGCGGCAUUCGGCCUACCCGGACCCUCCCGGUGUCGGUUCAGGGACAUCAAGCGGGCAGUUCUGGACAGGUUGGGGUUCUCCACAGAAGACCAGCGGCGCAGGUUCCGGGGGACCAAGCUGGGUCCCGCGGAUCGGCCAUUUGUCUACGCGCAACAGCUGAAGGAUGCGGCGACCAGGUGGCUUCAGCCGGGGAGCUCUGCGGGCGAGGCGCGGCUGCUGGAAACCGUGGUUUUGGAGCAGUUCGUGGAGGGGCUCCCAACGGCCACCUCGGACUGGGUGCGCUGCCACCGCCCGGCGGAUCUGGCGGCUGCCAUAACCCUGGCGGAGGACCAUCUGGCUGUUCUCUCCUGGGGCCGGGCACAUGAGGGUCGGCCAGUCUCUCCCGUCCGUCCCAUACCGGCGCCCCGCAGGAGACCGGUGCCGGGUCCCCAGCCCUCCACGCCGGCUAGACCCUCUCCUCGCCCGCGCACUAAUCCUCCCUCUCUUUUUUAUCCUUCCCAGGCUCCAGCCGCUACGGGCGCUGCUCUCGACCCACAGAGGGUUCCUCAGGCGGCAGGGCAGGAGUGCUGGAGGUGUGGACAGCCCGGACACUUCCGCCGAGAGUGUCCACUCAUGGAGGUCGGUCAAGUGGUCCGGGUUGUCGGACCUCCAGCACCCUCCCCCGGUCUAGGAGGGACGUACAGCGUUCCGACUGAUGCAUCGGGCAGAGGGCUGGGGGCCGUUCUGUCUCAGCAGGUGCAGGGCGUUGACCGCCCGGUGCUCUACAUCAGCCGGAAGCUGUCCGAAAGGGAGGCCAGGUACAGCACAGUGGAGAGGGAGUGCCUGGCCAUCCGGUGGGCGGUCGAUGCUCUGCGGUACUACCUGCUGGGGCGCCCAUUCACCCUCUGCUCGGACCAUGCUCCCCUCCAGUGGCUCCACCGCAUGAAGGAUGCCAACGCCCGGAUCACCCGUUGGUAUCUGGCACUACAGCCGUUUAAGUUCAAGGUGAUCCAUAGGCCGGGGGCGCAGAUGGUUGUGGCCGACUUCCUUUCCCGCUCCCAUGGGGAGGGGGGGGGGGGGAGUAGGUUAGGCCGGACGGCUCCCCGGCCUAAGUCGGGCGGUGGAGGUAUGUGGAGGGGGCGUGGUGCAUCAGCUGCAGGAGAGAGGUGUGGAGAGGGCUCAGGAGAGCAGCGCCAGGAUGACACCACCCUGUUUGGAGAGACUGCAGAGCAGCUCAGUGAAACCCUCAGUGUGUUUGUCGAGGAGACCAAAAAGCUCGGCCUGAAGAUAAGCUGGUCCAAGACUGAACUUAUGCAUGUAGGUGAUGGACCAGACCCACCACCCUUCCUGUUUGAUGGUACCCCUGUCCACUUUGUCCCCACCUUCAAAUACCUCGGCUCGACAGUGUCCAACACCGAUGACCUCAAAAUAGAGGUGAACAGACGUGGUGCCCUAGCAGCCUCUGUGAUGCAGUCUUUGUGGAGGCCGUUGUGGCGACACCGGCACAUAUCGAGGGAGACAAAGCUCUGA